GCCUCGGCUCAGUUCUUGGCACUCCGAACAGCUAGCUGUGUGUGAUUGUGAUUUAAUAAUUUAAUUAAACGGAAUAUAUUUGAAAAUGUCGGCGUCACCAAUUGCAAGGCAAGCGACGCACAGUCAAGCCAUACCUUCGAGGAGAGUCCUCAUUACAGACCCUGCUCAAAUGCCCGAUGUAUACUCUAGCACACCAGGAGGAACCAUUUACUCUACCACGCCUGGAGGCACUCGCAUAGUCUAUGAAAGGUCUUUUAUGAUGUCGCUACGACAGUCACCAAUAUCACAGACACCACCAAAAUGUUCUCUACCUGCUGCACUUUUAAAGAAUCCAUCGAGCGCUCAGCAGUCGCCUGCGACUCCAGCGCAGAAACCACGCUCGAAUUCCAUCUCAUUCGACGAAUCACAGGAGACAUUUAGUAUGGAUCUUUAAUUUGAAUAAGUACCUGCAUAAUUCGUGCCUUUUAAAAAUAAAUCCAUAAGAAAAAAAUAUUGAAUCAAUCUAAUUGGAUAAUUUCGAUUAUUGAUUUGAACAUACCAAACGAAUAAGGUGAACAAAGGGAUAUGAUUGGCGAUUAAAUUUGUGUAUAUGGUCUACAUUAUAUAUUAUGUGCAUUGGCACUUAUUAUUAUUCUAUUCAAAUGUUAUAAAUACUCGUAUAUCGUCUUGAAGAUAAUACGUAUUUAUAUUCUUAUGUAAGGAUUUAUUUAAUGAAAUCAUUUAUUAAUUACACGUAACAUAAGAUAGAAAUAUGUGUUAAUAUUUGUUGUAUUAUGAAGUAAGUUAAGUAAAACUUAACAUAAGAUGUUCGACUGCUUAGUUAGUCCAGGGGCGAGUUUAUAUCGAGUGGUCCUGGGUUCAACCUCCGGCCUUUCGGUACAAAAACAGCUAUUGUGUUUUCGCAGUAGUAGUCCUUAGGUGAAACAUGUUGAUCUCUUUAUAAUUUUUUUAUUCAUGUUAAUGUAUUUUAGUAACAGAAACUACCUGAGACGAGUCUGGUUGUUCACUUUUAUUCGCUUGGUGUGUCGUCGACAUUAUGAGUUAUUUUAAAGUUAUUAAAAGCAUGAAUCAUAUCAAUCUAUUGCUUGGCCUCUACAUAUGAAAUUUCUAGUCACAUAUAUGACGGGAUAUUUGGACGGUUUUUUUAUUACUAUUAUUUGUAAUAAGGCAUAUUUAAUAGUAACUGUUAGAAGAUCGACAACAAUAAUUUUUGGCUGAAGCAAGUAUUUGUUUAGAAAGUUAUUUUAAAAAGUAGGUUAAGCUUACGCGUGACUGAAAAGUUUUUUUUGCGUUAAGAACACAAUCCUUUGCCAUACAUAUAUAUUUAAAAAAAUGUCACAAUUUUUAUUGGAAUGGAUGAAUCGCGUUGGAUAUUUAUUGAUUUUAAAAAUAGCCAAAAAUAUCUAGAAAUUACAAUAUAUAAAUUUAGAGUGUCACACGUAUUUUUUUUUAAAUCAUAAAUAUAAAUGGCAAAGGAAACAUGUAAAUACGACUUAGAUUUAAGUUGCGUAUAACGCACAAUUAAAAAGUAUUUUUUUGUAUUUGUAAGCAAGUGCCAUUGUACUAUAGAAGUUAAUUUUAGGAUAAUUUUCUUCUUUAAAUGGUUUUGCGAAAUGGGUAAUCUCAGUAUCGUUGAGAUACACGGUAAAUGUUAUUUUAGGUCACAUUAUUCAUCAAUUAGUGUUUUAAAUGUGACUCUAAUUGGUGUACUUUAGUUAUAGGUCGCUUAAACAAUGAGGCAAUAUUAAUUAAAGCUAAAGUCUCAGACACAGUUGUCUCUUUUUCGCUUGAUAAACUAUCAAAUAGAUUUAAUAAAGUGAGAAAGAGAUGGACUAAGUAAUUAAACUAAUAACUGAUAUUAACGUGAUUGUUAAUAUCAGUUAUGGUGUUCUAAAAGAAUCACGUAAUGAACUCAUGGUAGCAGAAACAAAACAGAGUAGAAUGUUUUUUUAUAAAGCUUCCAAACAUUGUUGUCUAUGAUUUAUUUUACUGUUAACACCCCGUUCAAGUAAAUAUCCAGGUUAUAUUAUAUAGUUAUGUAUAUAUUAACACAGACAAGGGUUGUUAUGCGAAUGUCAUAAUUGGUUUAAAGGGAAAGGGUGCAUAUUUUAAACAAAAAAGUCGCAAUACUCUCAGUGGUGAAAAUAGUAAAAUUAUUUGAAAACGUCGGUGAGGACGUUGGAUCAGGCUUAUGCGGUAACUUUAGUGAUAUAUAUUUCAAAUGUUGACUGUAAAAAUAUAACAAUGUUAAUAAUCAGACUGUAACUCAAAGUUAUUCGAUGCUUUUUGAUACAUUGUGAACGGUUCUAAUGUUGAAAUGUAAAUAAUAUUAAGUUUGUGGUUAUUGUGUUACAGAGCAUUUACCAACUUUAAUUGACAUUUCUUUUUUUUUAAUAACGGAGUAUAUAAGCAUGAGUAUUCUAUAUUGUUACUAUUACUUGAGAGAUACAGAUAAAAAAUGUGAGCUAUACAUUUUUAUUUUUUAUUAUAAGGAAUAUGUAACAAAAAGUUCUCAUAGACAAGUUUUAUUUUUAAUACUUGAUUUAUUUUGAUAUUAUAUUUUAUGAACUGCCAAUAAUUAUCAUUAAAAAUUAAAUGUUUAAGCAAUA